AGAGAGGGGAGAGAGAGAGAGGGAGAGAGAGGAGGUCAGUCAAGCGGUGGUUGAUGGAGAGAGAGCAAGUCUUUCUGAAUCUUUCAUAAGGGAGAUCCUCCAACAUCACGCCGCCCGGAUGGACUGAGAGAAUGAGUUGGUCCUGAGGUGUGCAUUUAGCCGACACCAACAUUGACAAGUGAGCUAGAGAGACACAGGGAGCAGCAGGAGGAGGGCACUGGGGUGUGCACUUUACAGACAGCAAGAUCAGGAGAGAGAUGGGAGAGAAGCGGUGUUGAGAAGAGAAAUUUCUUCUGUAUGUGACCCUGGUGGAGAAGCUCCUCUGAAAGCCUCUGAUGAACAGAAGAUCAGCAGGAAAGCACGGGACAUGAGCCAGAGAAAGGAGAAAGGGAGAGGGCUGGCCGGCUAAUCUCUAAACCCAUGAAGAACGGGCAACGGGGGGAAAAAAAAUAACAGAAAGCACAAAGGCAAAGCAACAAAAAAAGGUAUGUGUGAGCUGGCCUUUUCCUGUGUGAGUGAUCGCUCGUGAGGUAGCUGUAAUCUCUCUGCAACAUUUCAACCCAGUGAAAACUUCUCUGUGUCUGCAAGAGACAAGAGGAGAACUAAAUCAGCUGUUUAUGACUGACUGAUUGGACUGAAUUUGGACAGAAUUGGCAGAAUUUGGCUGAGGGAUAACAGUCUGCCCCAGAGGACGCAACCCAGCCUGCAGGGAUGUCGUCCAAUGAGCUCAGCGUUGAGAUGGACUCGUGCAUCCGGACGUUCAAGGAGCACAUGCACCUGGAGCUGGAGCCCCCAAAGAUGCCAGGUGUGGUGGGAGGAAAGAGGGGAGCCACGUCCCCCAAACUGUCACCCAGAAGCUCCCCGCGCCUCUUUCGCAAGCUGAUGGUCAACAAAAGCAUCCGACAGAGGCGACGCUUCACUGUCGCUCACACCUGUUUCGAUGUGGAGAAUGGCCCGUCUGCCAGCUGCAGCCCUCUGGACCCCCAGGCCUCCCCCGGCUCUGGUCUGGUCCUCCACACCAACUUCCCUGGUCAUAACCAGCGCAGAGAGUCCUUCCUCUAUCGCUCCGACAGUGACUAUGAUCUGUCACCCAAGUCCAUGUCACGAAACUCCUCCAUCGCCUCCGAACUACAUGGCGAUGACCUGAUCGUAACGCCUUUUGCUCAGGUUCUGGCAAGCCUUCGAAGUGUAAGGAAUAACUUCACUGUACUGACCAAUGUCCAGUGUGCCUCCAACAAAAGGUCUCCUGCAGCAACAACUCAGCCUCCGAUCACCAGAGUUUGCCUCCCAGAUGAGGCGUACCAGAAGCUGGCCAUGGAGACAAUGGAGGAGUUGGACUGGUGUCUGGACCAGCUGGAGACCAUCCAGACCUACCGCUCUGUCAGUGACAUGGCCUCCAAUAAGUUCAAGAGAAUGUUGAAUCGGGAGUUGACGCACCUAUCUGAGAUGAGUCGGUCUGGGAAUCAGGUUUCCGAAUUCAUCUCCAACACCUUCCUAGACAAACAGAAUGAGGUGGAGAUCCCAUCGCCGACAUCCAAGACACGAGAGAAGAAGAAGCAGCAGAAGCAACAGUUGAUGACACAGAUCAGCGGGGUGAAGAAGGUCUCCCAUGGGCCCUCGCUCUCCAGCAGCAGCAUCUCGCGCUUCGGCGUCAAGACCGAUAAGGAAGAGUUGCUGUCCAAGGAGCUGGAGGACCUUAACAAGUGGGGCCUGAACAUCUUCACAGUGUCGGAAUACUCCAACAACCGACCCCUUACCUGCAUCAUGUACGCCAUUUUCCAGGAGCGAGACCUGUUAAAGACAUUUAAGAUCCCAGUGGAUACGUUUGUGGCCUACAUGAUGACACUGGAAGAUCACUACCAUUCAGAUGUGGCCUACCACAACAGUCUGCAUGCUGCUGAUGUAGCUCAGUCCACACACAUCCUCCUCUCCACUCCAGCCUUGGAUGCAGUCUUCACAGAUCUUGAGAUCCUAGCAGCCAUCUUUGCUGCGGCUAUCCACGAUGUUGACCAUCCUGGAGUAUCAAACCAAUUCCUGAUCAAUACCAACUCUGAGCUGGCCUUGAUGUACAACGAUGAGUCUGUGCUGGAGAACCACCAUUUGGCUGUUGGAUUCAAGCUGCUACAGGAAGAUAACUGCGAUAUCUUCCAGAACCUCACCAAGAAGCAGCGACAGUCCCUGCGGAAGAUGGUUAUCGACAUGGUUUUGGCCACUGACAUGUCCAAACACAUGAGUCUACUGGCUGAUCUGAAGACUAUGGUGGAGACUAAGAAGGUGACAAGCUCUGGAGUGCUGCUGCUAGACAAUUACACCGACAGGAUACAGGUGCUGCGUAACAUGGUGCAUUGUGCUGACCUGAGUAACCCCACUAAAUCCCUGGAGUUAUAUCGUCAGUGGACUGACCGGAUAAUGGAGGAGUUCUUCCACCAGGGAGACAGAGAGAGGGAGAGGGGGAUGGAGAUCAGCCCAAUGUGUGAUAAACACACAGCCUCAGUGGAAAAGAGCCAGGUGGGUUUCAUUGACUACAUCGUGCACCCUCUGUGGGAGACCUGGGCCGAUCUUGUUCAUCCCGAUGCCCAGGACAUUCUGGACACGCUAGAGGACAACAGGAACUGGUACCAGAGCAUGAUUCCCCAGAGUCCCUCCCCGCCCUUCUACGACCAGGGCACACAUGGACACAGUGGAGGUACUGGAGUACAGGGAGGUGGGGAGAAAUUUCAGUUCGAGCUGACCUUGGAGGAGGAGGACUUGGAUGGAAUCGAGAAAGACGGUGAAGGGGAGGAGGAGGAAGAAGAAGAAGAUGAGGAAGAGUUAGAGGAGGAGGAUAGUCUUGGAGAUUCUCGUUCUCCUCCCCUAGACUAUUUGGAUGGUCAGGAGCAAGAGGAGGGCGGCAUGAUCGAGUCAACAACGGCAAUAGAGAUUGUGACGCAUGAGGCAUCACCUACAGACACAUAGGGCUUCCAUCAUCAGGCUCACGUGGUGAUGUGAAAGUUUUUUUUGGAAAAAGAGGGGGUAUCCUCUUGCAGCUGUGCUUUUUAAUAAGCCCACAGAAGCAAGGGCUUAGUUUUAGCCCGCACAGGGGCAUCUUGCACUUGGGUGUUUGAAGCCAGACACGGACGGACAGUUUCAGUGGAGUGGCUUCAGAGUUCUCAGGAAAUAAUUACUGCGAACAUUUUAGUCUUGAUGGACAGGCGAGACUGAGAGUGGAACUGGAUUUCAGCCAGUUUGGAAAAUGGUUACUUUUCUUUUCUGGACUGGCAUUAAAUGGACAUCGACACUACUGAGAGAAGUUUUGUACCUUAAGACUUUUUUACAGAUAUAUGAUCUAGAAGUAGCAUAGAGUAAGAUCUACUGAUGGAGACACGUUUGUAUAGCAAGAGAAAGUGUUUACUUUUUUCCUGUACCAUUUGUCAAAGGACUUUUGUGUGCCUUUUUUACUAUUGUCUUUAUAAUAGUUUUUUAUUUAUUGAACACUCUAGUAUGUCUGUGAAAUGUUUGUUUUCUUAUAUAAAAGAGCAAAAUCUUUUUUGUAUGUUAAAAAGAUUACAGUCUUCCAUGUAUUGGGCAAUAGAGAAAUCCAAACAAACAUUGACAAACAACUCUUGGACAAAUUCAUUUUAAAUAGGAAACAUUAACACCCAUAUUUGUCAAAUUUGUUUUUUCAAUCUGAGCACAAGUUCUUCUUUACACGUGAAAUUCAAGCGCUUUUGUUGAUCCAUCGUUCAUGUUGCAUGUUUAGUUUGUUGCUUUCUGUAUCAGUUACUGAAUGUCACAGGCAUGCUAAAAUGCAUCGCCUGUAUUUUCAUACUGUCAAUACAUCUUCACGCUUUCUUAGUAAUGGCCUGCAGACCAACUGGCUUUCCUGUGGUUUCACUCCAAAACCUGUUUGUGUGAAAUGAAGGUUAGCCCAGUUCAAACCUUCAUAACCCACGACCUACCGCAACAUAAAAAAAAAGCAGAAACACAAGCAGAUCUAAAGCAAGUAGCUCCAGACAUCAAGCCUCUGAGAUCAAUCAGGAAUCAAGUCUGCUAAAGAUGAAAUGCACAGCAGUGGUCAAUCUAUUUAUAGCCUACAAGUAUGCUAGAGUCUUAAUAAUCCUGUUAGUUGGAAUGGUUCUGACCCCAGACCUGUCUGAUGUAACGCCCCCCUGCCCUUCUGCAAUCAGGCCCAGACCAGAUGAUUAAAGGUGUUCUCACAGCUGCCCGUCUGAAAGGCUCUCUCUGCCCCUCAUCAGUGCUAGUGUUCACAUGGUUUACAAACCCAUCUGGACUUCACGGACAUGACCCCAAAACAAUCAGGCCAGCUAUUUCUUCCUCACGAUAAAAAUCCCUCAAGUGCUGCUUCUGCUCAUUGACGUCAAUUGAAUUUUUUCCCCUCCCUCUCAGCUGUAUCAGGUUUCCAGGACAGUUGGGUAAUUAGGAUUUGGCAUAGACAGAACUGCUGGAUUCAGCAUGGCAAGACUGUACGCUUUUUUUUGGUGGGGGGGAUAAUUAGGUUCUCCGGUUUUAACACAAACCAAAAAAUGCCUCUUUGUGUUUCUUCACUACUGCGUUGGAGAAGAUGGUCUGAAAAUGGCUUGCAGGCCACCCAUUUCUGCUCCUGUGGCUUUCACGACUGAGUUUUCUAGAUGCCCUAGUUGCAUCUGUAAUCACAAGUCUGCAUUUUCAUGUAGGUUUACUGAUACUCAAAGGUACUUCAUCUAAUUUCACUGAAGCAUGCUUAAGUGGCAAUCGUUUGUGUGCAGUGUGUAUGUAUGUUCUGUAUGCGUGGGCGUUUCUGUAUGUAUGUGUCUAGAUGAGCUGACUAUGUCAUCAGGCCUUACCCCCAUCACUCCACACCUGUGUCUCUACUGUUUGUCGCUAGGAGCUCAAGUUGGUCCUUUUUGCUGUUUAUAACAGUGUGUAUUUAUUCUAUACUUUAAGCUUGUAAAUAAGAAAUACGAGGGGUGUAACGGUACGUCUAAUCAUUCCGAACAGUUCGGUAUGUGACAUUCAGUUCAGUAUGAAUUUCCUUGGUUCGGUACUCUCUGUAAGCCAAAAAAAAUUUAAUCAGAAAUCUGUUCAAAAUAUGUUAACACACAACAAAAAUUCUCCAGUGUGAGCUCUACCAGGAACAUUUUGGCAAUGCACAGUUGUUUAUAAGCUACAGCAUGCUAGGAGGGAGGAGGCACUGUGCCAGUUUUAUUAAGCAUGUAUGUGUUACCUCACACUACCCAACAAGCUUGAAAUUCAGUCUAUGACUUCUCUGCUCACACUGAAAAUUACAAUAAAGUCAUUUUUAAACAAGAUGGCUGUGCUCUCAGUUAUGGCCAGUAAUGCACUUUUAAAUGUUUUAAAAAUUGAUUUAAAAAAAGAAAGAAAGAAAAAUAAUGCGUUGUGUUAUUUUCUCUGCUGUACUGAAAAUGUACCAAAUUGUGACUCUAAAACAGAGGUUCAUACUGAACUUUGUGUACUGUUGCACCCCUAAGAAAUACUGGUUCAGUGUAAAAUCUAUUUUAAUUUAUAUGCACUUGCAUUACCUGGAAGUGGUGGUGUCUAAUGUGUAGAAGACUCUGGAUUAGAGUCUUUUCAUAUAUGUAUUAUAUAUUGUUUUUAUAUAUAUAAAUAUAUAGAAAUAUAUCUAAGUAUAUAUUCGCACAAUAUUUGAGUGCCCAGCAGAGCAGCAGCUAAAGAGACAUGUUAUUGUCAUAUAAAAACCUUGCAACUCCAAACAGCUGUUGUUUUUAAUUUGUAGAUGAAAAAUCUAGUUAUCAUUUAAUAUCAUGUCACAGAUAGGAGAAUGAGAAAGGAACUUUAAAUUUUACUAUUAUGCAUUGACAUUAAAGGAAAAUGUUGUCAAUUUGUUUUUCUGUGUUCAAUUUCACUUUAAUCAUAAUUCUUAAAUAACAGUCAGAGUUAUACAGUCGACUUCAUCCUCUUUUUAAAAUUACAUUUUAUCAUUCCUUUUUGCCAAAAAAAAAAAAAAAAUUUUGGACCAACUGAGUUUUUAAGGUGCAAGGUUUUCAUCUGACAUCAACAGUUUGGUAACCCAGAGGCGACAUAGAGGACAUGUUAAACUGCAUAGGCUUGGAUAUAGGAUACAUACAAGCUAGCUACACCGAAGCAUUGUCAGUGCUUGGUUUCAAAGUACAAAUAGGUUAUUUUCUCUCGGCGACUUGUCACAACCUAAGCUUCUCCAUCCAGCAUUUGAAUGCAGAUUGCUGAUAUACGAGGCCAGAUACAGGUUCGACUGACAAACACAAAGCGAUUGUCUCCUUUUACACUUAACGCACUUCUUGUAAAAGUAGAUAACAUGGGGACGGUAUUGGUAGCAUGCUACAAUACGCCCAGCACAGACGUGAAUUGUUCUGAAUUAACAACAAAACAUGAUCUUAUAUAACUGAUUGUGGUAAUGUGUGAACUCUUUCUGACCAAACUUGUUAGCAGUUUUGAAAUUCAAAUUUGUCAGUAUUAACAUUGUUUAUCUAUGUUCAAGCUUUUUUUUUUUUUUUUUGGUCCUAGUUGUGUCCAAAUGGUUAGCCAGAUUUAGCACUAUCUGCAUGAGAGAUGGGUUUUUUUAACUGUCAAUACUAUGUUCAAGUCCGCCGGUUGUUGCAGGUGGGUUAUUAAAUGUUUCACACAAUGUAUGGUAUUAUAUUGUAUAUUGUGUUCAAAAAUAAAUCUGAAAUAAUUUUUCUAUGAAGUGAUUAAAAGCAAAGCAUGAAUAUA